AUGGAUAGAACUAAAUCAACGGACAUCAUAAUAAUUAGCGGAAAUUCGCAUAUCGAAUUAGCUAAUUUAGUCGCUUGUCAACUUGGCGUAAAACCAGCUCGGCUGCCUGUUUCUUAUACCACCAACAAAGAAACAUUUGUCCAAAUAAGAGAAUCUGUACGUGGAAAAGACAUAUACAUCAUUCAAACUGGUUCAAAAGAUGUAAAUAAUAAUAUAAUGGAACUUUUGAUCAUGGCAUAUGCAUGUAAAACUUAUUCUGCCAAAAGCAUUGUUGGAGUUAUUCCUUAUCUGCCAUACAGUAAACAAUGUAAAAUGCGAAAACGUGGUUCUAUUGUAUGCAAACUUUUGGCAGAGAUGUUAUAUUCGUCAGGCUUAACUCAUGUGAUUACAAUGGAUCUUUACCAGAAAGAAAUUCAAGGUUUUUUUGAAUGUCCAGUUGACAAUUUGAGAGCAUCACCAUUACUUUUACAAUAUAUUCAAGAAUGUAUCCCUGAUUAUUGUAAUGCUGUGAUAGUUGCAAGAAAUCCUGGAACAACAAAACAAGCUACAUUUUAUGCUGAACAUCUACGUUUAAGAAUUGCUGUUAUUCAUGGAGAACAGAAAAAAUCUGAUUCCGAUGUGGUUGAUGGAAGAAAUUCUCCGCCACCGGUAACGUUAUGUUCAAAAGCAAUGGAUGUUGGUGUAGGAAUACCAGAAUAUCCAGUCAAAGAAAAACCUCCCAUGAAUAUAGUGGGUGACGUUAGUGACCGUAUUGCUAUUAUAGUGGAUGAUAUGUUAGAUGAUGUGACAUCAUUUGUAAUUGCUGCUGAAAUGUUGAAAAAAAAUGGUGCUUAUAAAAUUUAUGUGUUGGCUAUUCAUGGUAUUUUAUCUUCUGAUGCUCCAAGACUUAUUGAAUCUUCACCAAUUGAUGAAGUGAUUGUGACAAAUACGAUUCCUCAUGAAAUCCAAAAAAUGCAAUGUCACAAAAUCAAAACUGUGGACAUAAGUAUUUUACUAUCAGAGGCUAUUCGUAGAAUUCAUAAUAAAGAGUCCAUGUCAUAUUUAUUCAAAAAUGUCACUCUAGAAAAUUAA